GGGAGGGGGGGGGGGGGAGGAGUGGCAACACGAAGAGGAAUAGAGAGACAUAUCUGGGUUGAGCAGAGGCGAAAGGGACGGGCAUCUGGAGCGGGAAGGGGGUAAAGCCAGUGAAGCCCAGAAUCACAACUGGCUGAAGUGUUCUUGGGGCUGGAGAGAAGCACAAGCGGCUCCCGCUGUCGGCUGGAUUGAAGGAAACAGAAGACCCGAGAACCAGAGUGUCAGGAUGAUGUCUCUGAAGGGGACUGUGAUUCUGCUGCUGCUGUUCCUCAGCAGCCUGUUUGGCAGCGUCUUCAUGCUGGGCCCGCUACUACCCCUCAUGCUGGUGUCCUUGCCGUGGUAUCGCUGGGUCACCGACCGUGUUGUGGCCGUGUGGUUCACCUUCCCUGUGGCCCUGCUGGAGAUGGUGUUCGGUGUACGAGUGGUGCUCACGGGCGACGGCUUCAUCCCUGGUGAACGCAGCGUGAUCAUCAUGAACCACCGCACUCGUCUGGACUGGAUGUACCUGUGGAACUGCCUGCUCCGAUACAGCUACCUCCGCAUGGAAAAGAUCUGCCUCAAGUCGUCACUCAAAUCCAUCCCGGGCUUUGGCUGGGCAAUGCAAAUGGCAGCGUUCAUCUUCAUCGAGCGGCAGUGGGAGAGGGACCAGGAACACCUGAAGGUCAUGCUGGACUACUUCUGUGACAUCCGGCAGCCCCUGCAGCUGCUCAUGUUCCCCGAGGGCACCGACCUGACAGCUUCCACCCUGGCGCGGAGUGAUGGGUUUGCUGAGUCCCGAGGCCUCCCCAAGUACGAGUACGUCCUCCAUCCCCGCACCACCGGCUUCGCCUUCAUCGUCAACCAGCUGCGCGAAGGCUCCAACGUGGAUGCGAUCCAUGAUGUGACAGUGGCCUAUCCCUACAACAUCCCGCAAUCUGAGAUGGACCUUUUCAGCGGCAACUUUCCCAAGGAGAUUCACUUCCACGUCAGGCGGCACGCGGCUGCCAGCCUCCCCGUCACCCUGGAGGGGCUGCAGGAGUGGUGCGAACAGUGCUGGCAGGACAAGGAGAAGCGGCUGCACCGCUUCUACCAGGGAAACCGCUCCUUCCGGGACCUGGACCAGGAACCGAGUCCGCAGUAUUCCCCGGACCAGAGUCCGACACGGAGCACGAAUCAGGAGCAGGAUCAGAGUCCAGAUCAGGAACAAGACCAGGGUCCGGAUCAAAAUGAGGAUCACAAUGUGGGUCAGGACCUGGGACCAGUGGCAGUCCCAGACCAAAGCCGGGAUCAGGGCCAGAGCCACCGGCGCAGGUGGGCUCCAAACUGGGGUAGGUUUCGGCGUCGGGAGCGGACGAGGCUAAUGAGUGAGAACCGAGACGAGGCGUGGCAGGUGGUAAACCGGGGCCUGCGCAGGGAACAGAGGCAGCAGCCGCCACCGAGCAGCAGGGUGCCUCCCUGCAAGUCUAGGGGCAGAGUCUUCCUCAUCAAGCUGUUCUCCAUGGUGUACUGGACAGCGUUUGUAGUGGGCAGCGUCGUGCUGCUGUGGUCCUACACGCUGGCGCGCUGGUACUUCUCCACCAUGGCCAUCCUCUUCAUCCUGCAGGAGCGGCUGUUCGGGGGCAUCGAGAUGAUGGAAGUGGCGCUGCACAGGAGGCGCUCCAAGAAGCACUGACCGACCACCCACCCACCGGCCUGCCCCGUCCACCCGCCGGCCUGCCCCGCCCAAUGCCGGGGCUUCCCACCGCCCGGCCAAUCCCAGCAAUUCUCGCUGCGACCAAUCCCUGGGCUACAGCCACGGGUCCCGCCAACCACUGGGCUACCUUCCCCCCCCCCCCCCCCCCCCCCCCCCCCCAUCAGUCCGUACACCCAAUGCCAGGACUCCGGCCACAGGUUCAGCCAUUCCUGCCCCUCACCCCCCCAACCCGGCCCAUCCAAUC